AUUGUCUUUAUCACUCGCAGAAUUGUUGUGAAGCUCUUAAAUUACGGGUUGGAAGCUAGCAAGUAUUCAGUAGUGCUAGAGCCUCGUCUACCGGUUACAACUAGCCAUAUUAGCGUCUUCAGAGAUUUUUAUUCAAAACUUGGAGAAAAGUUUCCAAUCCGAAGCUAGGAUAGUACGCGUACUUGCAUAUGUCGAACAUUUAAACAGAAGUUGUGGAAUAUUUAAAGAGAAUUACCUUCUCAACCGUGAAAAUGAAAUAUCGUUUGAGUAUUCUAGUCUUUGCUUUAAUUUAUGUUAUUGGCAGUCAGAGUUUUCGUAUUAAACGACAAAAUGACGCAAUUUUCUUCCCUGAUGACGAUGAUGGAGUGCCUCCUUUUGUAAGGCCGAGACCACCUGGACCGCCAACACCUCAAAGGCCGAAUAAUCGCCCAGGAGGACUAAACGGUAAUUUGAUUGUGGAUCAAGGACAGAUUCCCAAUUCAACGCCUGCAAAUAACAAUGGAAGAACGACCCCAACUGCCCAAUUUCUACGAUGUAUGAAGCAAUGCCCAACUACUACAGAAUACAAUCCAGUUUGUGGUUCUGAUCAAAUUCAAUAUCACAAUCGACAACGACUUCAGUGUGCUAACAGAUGUGGCGCAAAUGUGCAACUCAUUCGGCAGGGAAAUUGCCAGGGGGUUCUAGCAACUAAACAAGUUAGAUUUUAGGUAUAACUUUAAACAUUCUGUUAGUAUAAGUGAAUAAAGUUUCGAAAAAAAUCGUGUGUUUCC